UUUACGAGGAGGUGGAUAGAGGUGUUAUAUUUUAUUUAAAUUAUACAAUAAACUUAUUCAUAAAAUGAUGGGAUAUAGGAGUUAAUUUUAAAAUUUGCUCAAUAAAUUUUCCAAAUGAUAAAUUUUGUACCCUGCUAGCAGUGGUUGUUAGGGAUUUUUCUUUUUUUUGCUAUUUGUUUUUAAUAAUUUCCGAUACAUCAUGGAAAUGAUGUUUUUGGACAAAAGCAGAGAGAGAAGCAUUUGUUUUGAGGAUAUAUAAUCUUAAGGCUUCCGCAGGACUUUAUGGGUUUUGUGGUUGUUACUUUUUUUCGGGGUUGAUUGGAGAGUUUUGUUUGUUGGUAGAGAAACUUUAUUUGAAGUUUUGUGUGCUGUGGACAAUGCCUGCCAGAGAGAUUUUUCAAUAUCAUUUUAUUUCAUACUGGUGGCUAUUAUUCCGCGAGAGUACAAUAGUUUUGACAUGAAACUAAUUAACAUAUUUUGUUAACGCCCAGAGGUGGUAACGUGGUCGGAGACCUGACGCUCCGAUUGGAUCCGGAAGCCGUGUGCUCAGUAGAGUUUCUCGAGUGGGGUAACUAUACAGUCAUGCUGUUACUCCGGCAAUAUGUUGGUUGAAUCAUAGCCGCAUACAGUGCUACAUAGGAACCAAUACUAAGAGCAUGAGGGCAGCAUUAUUGGUGUGGCGAGGAAUUGUAUGAGAGCGCUUGAGCACAAACUUGAGAGUUGGGAAUGCAAAAGAAGGCGCCCGAAGUCAUUCGCGCAGUGUACGUCGAUGCUAACGUAUCGCACUUUAAUCGCAGUGCUUAAAAUCGUUUUGGCAAUAUUUUCGUUAGAUUUGUGCGAAUUUUAUUUCUAUCAAAAUCAAUUGAUAUCAAUUAAAAGUCCCAUGUGGUUUUUCUCCUUAAAAAAAAGAACAAAGUUUGGUGAAAAUUUGUGGGAAAACGGACAUUUAGUGAUUGCAAAAAAAAAAGUUUGUUUGACUAAAACGGCAAAGUAAGAAAAGACCGGAAACAAUAUUAUAUAAAUAUUGUUUAAAAGUUGAUAAAGUGUAGUGCCAUUUUUUUUAAUGAAAAAACAUAAAUAAAUUUUAUCAAUUAAUGUGACCGGGAAGCGAUAAGAGUUUAGUAAAAUAUAUUUUCUAUGAGUUAAGCCAGGAGGUGGAGGACAGAAAAAGAAAAUCUAUAUUGAACAAUUAUUGUCAAAAUAUAAUAAUUGAGAGAAUAAGAUAAGGGACAAAUAUUGUGGUUGAUGUAGGUGUUUUUUUUUGUGCGACAAUUAACUUUUCGAACAGAAAAAUAUUCACGGUCAAGGUGAAUCACAUGUAAAAAGGUGAUUAGUGACUUUAAAGUUUUGUAUAUAAAUCUAUGAAAGAUUGUGCUUAUUAAUCACAGAAAAUAUUUGUGAUUGUUUUUUUUUUCGAGGGGAUUAUUCGAUGUGAAAAUAUCGUUCAAUUUUAUAUGAUUCGGGACUUUUGGUUCAAAGAGAUUCACAGAGCAGUUUAGCGACGAUUCUUUCAAUUAGCUGAAUCGUUUGGAUAGCUGUUCUUCGGAAAAUCGAUAAAUCCACCUCAAAACAAAAAAAAAAAACUCUUGAGUAUCAAUAAUUUGGAAAAGGAUUUUACAUCUCGGAAGUAAAGCGAGCCCCUGUUGAGAGGCUCGCGCAGAAAAACUUUGCAAAAUUCGCGUGAAAAAUCGUGAUCCCGUCCCUGUUUAUGUUGCUAUGGACGGUGGACGGAUCGAUAGAGACUCAGAUUUAGGCGACGAUUCACCAAUGUCUCACACAGACGAACAGUCAGACGAACGAGAGGAUGACAUGAGAGAUUGUGAUUCCAGCGACGAAGGAGUGAAUGUUAAUGCUAAUAGUACGCCAAUGGUGUCGUCCGGAAUGGAGUUUCCUAGGAGUCCGGAACAUCAAUCUGAAUCACAUUUGAAUGCUCCACACCAUUUUGGCCAAAAUCAUCCACUUGGGGUCUUGGGCAGCCUUACUGCCCUCAAUAUGGGUGUUCCGGGUCUUCAGGGACUCCAGGGACUGCACGGGCUGCAGCAUGGUGAUGUUCUUGAGAAGUUGAAGAUGCAAGUGCGCGAUAUGAAAGUUGGACUCAUGGAUCAAGAUUUUGCCUUGCAUGCACCCUUUGGUGGUGCAUCGUUGCAGGCCCCCUCAAAUGUACCCUUUUCAAUGCCUCCCCUCGGUGGAAAUCACCGAAAUAGCGGAGGUGCAGGAGAACCUCAGAAUUUAUCGUCUCAGCAACAGUCAAAUUCAUCAAAUGGCUUUCCCUUUACGCCACCAAAUGCUCCCAAUAGCAGCAGCAAAGAUGCCAAUCCGGGAUCAAAUUCAUCCACAUCCAGCGAAACGUCCAAUUCGUCACAGCAUCAGAAUGGCUGGAGCUUCGAGGAGCAAUUCAAACAAGUUCGACAGCUGUACGAGAUCAAUGAUGAUCCGAAGCGAAAAGAAUUUUUGGAUGAUCUAUUUUCAUUCAUGCAAAAACGAGGAACACCCAUCAAUCGUUUGCCGAUUAUGGCAAAAUCUGUACUGGAUCUCUAUGAAUUGUACAACUUAGUUAUCGCACGUGGUGGUCUAGUGGAUGUGAUCAACAAGAAGCUGUGGCAAGAAAUCAUCAAGGGGCUCCAUUUACCCUCAAGUAUCACGAGUGCUGCAUUCACACUUAGAACACAAUAUAUGAAGUACUUGUAUCCAUAUGAGUGCGAUAAGAAGAAUCUGAGCACACCGGCUGAACUUCAAGCGGCAAUUGAUGGUAAUCGACGCGAGGGACGUCGUUCCAGCUAUGGACAAUUUGAUCCACAAAUGCAGGGUCAAUUGCAAAUGCCUCCGGUUCAGCGUUCUCCGGUUACUUCAAACAUUCAACAAAUGUCUCCCCUGUCCCUCGUGACACACGGGAAUGCACCGUCUGCCCACCAUCGACUCAUGGGUGCCCCCACGGUGGGGCAGAUGCCCAAUAUAGUUCCGCAUGAACUGGAGCAACGUAUGAUGGAAUACAUAAAGUUGUUUCAAUCUGCAAAGGAACCCCGCCGAUCACAGAGUCCGGAGCUAUCGCGAGAGGCUCUCAAUGCUCUAGAAAUGUCACGUGUAGCCAUGUGGUCGAUAUACAAUAACAAUGCCAGCCCACCGACCCCCCUAAAUACAGCUAGUCCACCGGGAACUGAACCACCACAACGGUACAGUGAAUUGUUAUCGCUGAUGAAAAAUUACCUCCCAUCCUUAUCAUCACCGUAUAUGGCGCUUUCUUCCAGGGAGGCAUUGAAUCUCUCUGAAUCUCCACCACAUGUGGCGGUAAAGCGUGAGCGGGAUCACAUGAUUGGCUCGGAUUAUAGUGCUGAGGGUGGUCGUGAGCGGGAUUUUGGGCAGCCACCGAUGAAGAGGGGUUUUCAUCAUUUUGCACCUGGAGCAAGUCACGAUGCAGCUGAUGUACCGCAUCCGGCCGAACGGACAGCCAGUUCGCCGGUGAUGCAUGCAAAUCAGCGCAAUGGCAAUGCACUGGACAGCAAUCAUGUGGACAAGAACAACCGCCAUCAAAUGAACCAAAGCAGCGGCUCAGACGCAUCAACGCCCGUCCUCGCGGGAAUGCAAUUCAAAAUUACAAAAUCAGCGACAAAUGGGGAGCAACAGCUUGUGGUGACGAUGGAAGUGAACGGAAUGCUGUAUGAGGGAGUGCUAUUUGCCCAUUCUGCUGCCUCUGCUUCAUCUGCCACAUCAAAUUCAGCCGAGAAUUCGACGCCCAACAAUCGCGACGAUGGCGAAUCACCUGCCCCAGAUUCUCAGGCCAAUAAUUCCAUGGAUGAGCGAUCAAGUCGCGUCCCACGUCCACUUGUCUCUUCGUAAAUUUGGCGGUUUGUUUUUUUAAUUUUUUAAUUUUUUCUCGGCAAGAACUCGAAAAAAAACUGAAGAUUGCAGCUUUUAAUCGCGCUGCAAUUAACUACUUCAAUCUUAAUAAUCGUAAUGAUUUUUUUUUACAUUAGAAAGUUCAUUUUUUUGCAUCCAAUUUAAUUGAUUUCUCUCUGAGUUCUCAUGACAACAGAUUUUUAUUACUAUUUUUUUUUUUGAGUAUUAACUGUAAGGUGGGGAGAAUUUUUGUCAUUGCAAUAACUGAUUAGAUAAGACACAUCACAAGUAGCUGGAUAGAUCCAUUGGAAGUUUUCAAACAAUAUUUUUCCCUUUUCCCAAAUAAUUUUGAAAAAAAAUUGCCUCCCUGAAAAUAUCAUUUAGUUUAUCCAUAUUCACAUUUUUUUAAAGUAUUUUUAGUUAAUGUUUUUUUUCAAAUUCAAAAACAUCACAAAAUCAUCAAUUCAAUGUCCCAAAAAAACCCUUUCAUCAUUCUUUUGCAUUGCUGUAGAAAAUGUUUAUCAUUAAAUUUAUCACAGAUUUUUUGUGGUACUGUGUGAAAGAGCAAUUAGACAAAAAUUUGCCAAAAA